GGGUUAAAAUGGAAAGGAACAGAUACAUUACCCCAGUCACCAUAGUGCUCAGAGAUUAUCUGGCUCGAAACACUCAACCCACAUUACUUGUCCUUUAGGAUCCGGUUUUAUCAAAUAGCUGACGCAGCACCUUCUUCUUCUCCACAAAAAUCCUAAAUCCUUGGGUUUUUGGCUAUGACAGUCCAAAUUCAUGGAUUUCAAGGAAUCCCAGGACCUCAAGGUUUUCUCUUUCUCUCAACUAACUGAUUUUCUGAUUCUGUAUUGCAUCAAAAUUGAAACUUUAAUGUUUUUCUCUGCUAAAAAAUGAAGAAACUUUGCCUGCCAAAAAUAAUUAUUUUUGGUUAAUUUCUUGUAGUUUAUGGUUGCUAAUUUAGUUUUAAUGAUUGUUGCUUGGUAGAAACACAAUAAUUUGAAAGAGGAAAUUAUCAAUAUCUGUCUGUAAUGCUGCUGUGUAGAAGCAGUACUUUUUUUGCACCUUCUUUUAAUGCAAAAACCUCUCAAAAUUUUUGCUCUUACUUCACUAAGAAAACCCAUUUGCUUUCAUUCUUUAAGAAUAGCCCCAUCUGCUGUAAUCAUAGUUAUUUAUUUGCAAAACACAUAAAGGAUUCAAACUUUAUUGGAGCCCAUAAUUUGUUCAUGAAGAAAAAGGCCACAUUUUGCAACUCGGCAAUCUCUGCGACAUCGCAGAGUGAUGAGAAAGCUGUGGGUGGGAAUGUAGUUUCUAAAAGGUUGAAAAAGAAAGCGCGGCGAGAUGCGCCAGAGGGAGUGCUUAGGUUUAAGCUAGAUAUGUGUUCGAAAGUUGGCGAUGUUGUUGAAGGGCUUAGGUUGUAUGAUGAGGCAAGGAGGAAUGGGGUUGAGCUUAAUCAACACCAUUAUAAUGUGAUGCUUUAUUUGUGCUCUCAAAAUAGAGGUGAAAAUGGAAGUGAUUUGAAGUUGGCUUGUAAAAGGGGUUUCGAGAUAUUUCAGCAGAUGAUUAUUGAUAAAGUUCCUCCUAACGAGGCUACAUUUACAAAUGCGGCAAGGUUGGCUUCUGUAAUGGAAGAUCCAGAAAUGGCUUUUGAUUUGGUAAAGCAAAUGAAGGGUUUUGGUAUUAUGCCGAAGCUGAGGUCUUAUGGUCCACCUUUGUUUGGAUUUUGUAAGAAAGGGAUGGUUGAUAAAGCUUAUGAAGUUGAUGCACAUAUGAUUGAAUCUGGGGUUGUGGCUGAAGAGCCUGAGCUUUCCUCUCUUUUGAAACUUAGUGCUGAUGUAAACAAUGCUGACAAGAUGUAUGAAUUGCUGCAUCGGUUGCGAACCUCUGUGAGGCAGGUUAUGGAGUCAACUGUAGGGGUUAUUGAAGAUUGGUUCAAGUCUGAGCAUGCUGCAAAAAUUGGGAAGGGGGAUUGGGAUGUGAUUAAGGUGAAGGAAGGAGUUGUAAGGGGAGGGGGAGGUUGGCAUGGACAAGGGUGGUUAGGGCAUGGACAGUGGAGAGUGGUCAGGACUCAAAUGGAUAAGAAGGGUGUUUGUGGUUCUUGUGGUGAGAGACUUGCUUGUAUUGAUAUCGAUCCAAGAGAGACAGAAAACUUUGCUAUCUCAUUAUCUAAGUUGGCUUUUGGAAGAGAGGUUAAGGCUGAUUUUAUUCAGUUCCAGGAGUGGCUGCAGCAGCAUGGUCCAUUUGAUGCAGUUGUAGAUGGAGCUAAUGUUAGUCUUAUCAAUCAACAGACUUUCAACUUUUCCCAGCUUAAUAAUGUUGUAAAUCGAUUACAUGAUAUGAGUCCAUCCAAGAAAUUUCCACUAGUUAUUUUGCACAAAAGUCGUGUAAAUGGGGGUCCAGCUCAGAGUCCUUAUAACAAGAAAUUGCUAGAGAGGUGGAAAAAUUCUGGUGCACUUUAUGCUACUCCGGCUGGUUCCAAUGAUGAUUGGUACUGGUUAUAUGCUGCUGUUAGUUGCAAGUGUUUACUGGUGACAAAUGAUGAAAUGAGGGACCACUUGUUCCAGUUGCUAGGGACUUCCUUUUUUCCAAGAUGGAAGGAAAAGCAUCAGGUUCGGCUCUCGGUAUCACGAUCUGGAAUUGCUCUGCACAUGCCUCCGCCGUAUUCAAUUGUUAUUCAGGAAUCAGAAAAUGGUGGUUGGCAUGUCCCAACAACCACAGGCGAUGAUCUUGAGACUCCAAGACAGUGGUUGUGUGCCACCCGACCUGUCAAAAGAUGAUUCAUGAUUAUGCUCAUCAGCAGGGACGGGUUCCAUUCCUGGCAAGUAUUUUUGCAUGAACGAGCAUGUAUUCGCAUCAGAGAGAGGGAUUGAGAGAUUUAUAUCAUACAUUUUCACUCUUGUGAUUUUUCGAUCAUUAUAUAUACCAUGUGGAAUCAAUAAGAUACUUUGCUUCUUGCCGUUUUAUUUA